AUGUCGGGACAUGCGGCUCGUGAUUGUAAGCAGAAGGAUGUUGUUUGCUUGAACUGUGGGGAGGGAGGACAUAUCAGUGCUAAAUGUCAGAAGCCAAAGAGGGGACAAGAGAGUGGUAAGGUGUUUGCUUUGUCGGGAACUCAGACUACAAAUGAAGAUGGACUUGUUCGAGGUACUUGUUUCAUUAAUAGCAUUCCUUUAAUUACUAUUUUUGAUACCGGUGCCACACACUGUUUUGUUGCUGCGGAUUGUGUUGAAAGAUUGGGUCUUUCUUUGUCUUCCUUGGGUAGAGAUAUGAUUGUUGAGGUUCCCGCUAAGGGAACGGUAUCUACGUCUCUUGUGUGUAAGAGUUUCCCCUUGUCAAUAUUUGGUAAAGAUUUUGUAGUUGAUCUUGUUUGUUUUUCGCUUGUCGGGUUGGAUGUAGUAUUGGGUAUGGACUGGUUGAAAUCCAACUAUGUUCAUAUUAAUUGCUACAACAACGCUGUGAGGUUUUCUUCUGCCGAAGAAGAGGGAAGAACAAAAUUGUUAUCCAAGAAACAAUUGAAGGAGUUCAUAGAAGAAGACACCUUGGUGUUCUUGUUGAUGGCAAGCUUGUCUGUGGAGAGUCAGGUUGUAAUUGCGGACUUGCCGGUGGUGUGCAAUUUCCCUGAAGUUUUUCCCGAUGAGAUUCCUUGUGCACCGCGAAAGAGAAGUUGA